AUGGCAAUGAUAAAUUUUAUUGAGAAUUUCUCUAAUGAAAUUUUUUAUGAAAUAUUUGAUUAUCUCGAUGGUUGUGAUAUUUAUAGAAUAUUUUCAAAUCUUAAUUAUCGUUUUUAUCAACUUCUUAAUUCUUCAUUACUUUUAUAUAAAAUUAAAUUUCAUUUUACAUCGGAUGAUUUAUUUAUGAAUAAUUAUCAACAUAUGAAAUAUAUUAAUCCACAUCAGAUUCUUUCACUUAAUUUAUCAUCUGAAUUAUAUAUUGACAAAUUUCUAUCAUCAUUUAACAUCAAUUCAUCACUUAAUCGUCUUCAAUCAAUUUAUCUUCAAAACAUUCAAGCAAAUACACUUUCAGUACUUCUCACGAAUUGUACUCAUUUACCACGUCUUAUUUCAUUAGAUAUUAUGUCAUGUCAUCAAUUAAUAGAUCUAUGUCAAACUUAUUUAUUAAUUUUUAAUUUAUCAGUAUUAAAAUAUCUGAAAAUAACAUCUCAUGGAUUCAAGAGUUCUGCCGCAUUACCAUUUGCUAUGGAGAAUCAACAAUUGAGUAUGAUUGAACAUCUUGUUAUUGAACAUGGUGUUACAUUCAACGAUCUUGCUGCUAUACUUUCUUACACAUCUAACCUUAGCCGUUUGACAUUUUUACAUGAUGAUGUUGAAAAUGAUCUAUCAACUGAAAUAAUUUCAUCAAUGGAUUUAUCCAAAUUAACACAUAUAUCAAUGACUAUAAUAUAUUUAAAGUUCGAUGAAUUCGAAAUAUUUCUAAGAAAAUUACCUUGUACUCUUAAAAGUUUCAAUUUGGAUGUUUGUGAAAGAGACUUACAAUACCUUGAUUUUGAUAUGUGGGAAGAAUUAAUUCUACAAAAUUUUCCUCAAUUAGAAAAGUUUUAUUUCAAUUAUAAUGUAACUACACAUGACGAAGAUGACUUUAUCUUUUAUGAUUGUGUAUGUGAUCAAUUUAUUUCUUCAUUUUGGAUAAAACGACAAUGGUUUGUUGAAGUAGCUAUUAAACGUGACACUAUUUCUAUUAUUAUUAAACCGUACAGACAAAAAUGGUAUGAAUUUAUUAAUAUUGACAACAAUGAUUUUAAUGUUUAUCAUUCAACUCUACUUACUAUUCGAUAUAAUCCUAUGGAUGAAUAUCGACAGACAUUAUUAGAUGAAAUCGAAUGGAUUGUAGAUGUAGCAACAAUUUAUCAUUUAGAAAUUUGUGAAGAAGAUUUUUUUAUUGGUGCUAUAAUCGAAAUUAUGAAUCUCUUAUCUGAUCUUGAUUCAUUAAAACUAUCGUCUAUCAAAUUACCAACUACAACAUUAUUAUCGAUUGAAGAACGCGAAGAAAUUAAUUUUAUAGUAGAUAAUAAUGAAAUUACAAAAGUUUAUCUUGAAAAAAUGAAUAAAUUUGAUGAUGUUCUUUUUCUUAUUGAUCUAUUUCCUGAACUAAAAUAUCUUCAAAUUGGUUGUACAAGUGAUAUUGAUAUUAAUUUAUUUUUACAAAUUAUUUUAAUGAAAAUUAAUAAUAAAACAGAUUCUAAUCUUCAUUUAUUAGCCAUUUCUAUUCCAACAGCAGAUGAUUCUAUGAUGGAAAGAAUACAAAAUAUAAUCGAUUCUAAAAGUCUUCUUUUUAAUUACACAAUUAAACGUACAUAUGAUACUAUUUUCUUACAAAUGAAAUAA